AGGCCAAGUUGUUGGAGUCGUCCCACGCUUGGCUCGGCGCCUCCACCUCCAGUAUAGCAGACAGCUACCAGUAUCAGCUGCAGUCCAUGUGGCAAAAGUGCUGGAACACCAAUCAGAGCCUGGUGCACAACCUGCGCUUCCGGGAACGUGGACCCCUCAAAUCCUGGCGGCCGGAGACCAUGGCGGAGGCGAUCUUUAGCGUGCUGAAAGAAGGACUCUCCCUCAGCCAAGCGGCAAGGAAAUACGAUAUCCCCUACCCGACGUUCGUCCUGUACGCGAAUCGAGUGCACAACAUGCUGGGUCCCAGCGCCGACGGCGGGGCCGAUUUGCGUCCAAAGGGACGAGGAAGACCGCAGAGGAUCCUGCUGGGCGUCUGGCCGGACGAGCAUAUUCGCGGCGUGAUUCGCGCGGUGGUGUUCCGCGAUGGGCACUCGCCCCACAUCGUCAAGGAGGAGCCGACCACGAUGUAUCCCAGCCUGGCGAACUACGCCGCUUGCAAUGGUCCGGAAGGCGCGGUUAGCCCGGGUGCGGCAGCCGCGGCUGCGGUCGCGGCGGUCGCUCAAGGUCUGCGACAUCAAAUGUGCAGUAUGGUGGCAGCGGCGCACUCGCAGCAGCACGACAUGAUGGCGACGAAUCUGUCGACGAGCCUGUCCACCAGUCUGUCAUCGAAUCUACAGGCAGCGAUGCAGGCCAGCCAGCACCACAACAACAAUAACAGCAACGUGAGUGGCCUCGGUGGUAGCAACAGCGCCGGCAACAACGGCAAUUCCCCGUUGAAUCUCGGCCUAGCAAGCCCGGGCUCGGGCGGACCGCCCGAGAGCCCGAUGGAGAGUCCUCUGGCGAGCCCGUUGGGCCCGCUGAUGGACCCGGCGGGUCACAUACCCAGCAGCGUGGAAGUCGGCAUCGGCGUGAGCGGCAUGACGUACAAGCCGGCGCGAAGCUUCGUCAGUCCACGCCCGGAGACUCUCUUCCAGGAGGACAUCGCCGAUUUGGUGAAGAGCCCCCAUGGUCUCAAGGACAAGGACAAGAUCCCAGUGAAGCUCGAGCCGCUCACGGAUUCGCGCUGCGAAUAGUAAGCCAUUUAGGUGGCUGCGGGACGAAGAAGAGAGACGACGACGUCAGCCGUUGCAGGAUCGUCGAACGUGGAAGCGGGAGGAGCGUCGAUGACCCCGAGGAGGAUCUCUCUCUCUUCGUGAUCGUCAGCGAGUGAGGAGGGUCGGUGAUGCGGAUCGAUAGGCUUUCUGCGAAGGAUCGAGCUCUGUCUGAUUCACUUCACCUCCUCGCGGGAGAGUUUAUAAUAUACAUAUAUAAUGCAUACGCGACUCCGAACGUUGUACGCGAGCGCGAUGUACUGUGCAUACGAAUAUCUUAGAGGGAUGUUAGGGAGAAAGAGGAAGAGAGGCUUAUAAUCAAAAAAAAAAAAGAGAGAAAGAAUAAUUGACGGAUACACAGAGUGCGGACGCGAGACAAGCGAGUGUCGAGAGUGUUCUCGCCUGGCUCAGCUUCGAGGAAGGACGAUCGAGCGACGAUAGCGGUUCGUCCUAGACGAAGAUCGCUCGGCGGCCGAUCUUUCGUCAAGAGGGCAGAGACGCGGAGAAAUGGGAGAGCGAGAAAGAAAUAAAAACCUUCUUCUAGCAAACAUAUUAUAGCUAUUGGGUCGUCGGCGCCUCGCGAGCGCGCCGCCACCUUUUUCCAAUCUAGAUAGUCGUGUCAUCGUCGUGUCGUACAGACUAUGUACAUGUAAUAAAGGUAAAA